AUGUCUGACAAAGGCAAGUGUGCCACUGAUGUCGAGAACACCACUUCACCCGUAACCCAACAGACUUUUCCUGCGGAACCUUCAGGAGUAAGCAAAGUCAGUGAACCUGUUUAUGCGGAUGAUAAGAACAAGAGGGUUGACGCUCGUGGCGAUGCACCGCCAUCCGUGUGGCAAUCAUUUAGUGCAAAGAUGAAGCACAUUGCAGGUACUGUUGUUCCAUAUGGUGGAUUAGCGUCAAGUGUUUUUAAUCUUUGUUCAGUGUGCAUUGGUGCCGGUUUUCUUGGACUUCCUGCCGCGGCAAACCGCAGUGGGCUUGUGAUGGCAAUGUUGUAUUUGAUCAUCAUGGCAUUAAUGACAGUUUUUUCCCUGCAUAUCCUGUCACUUGUGAUGGAGAAGACCGGUCUUCGCACGUUUGAGCACACCGCAAGAGGGGUUAUGGGUGGACGAUUUGUAUACUUCGUCAUUGCAAUUCGUUUGCUGAACUCGUUCGGUACAAGUACCUCCUAUAUUAUUACUAUCGGUCAUGUUUUAAGACCCAUCAUAGAGAACUCAUGCGGUGCUCCCGAGUUCCUGAGGACUCCGGGUGGGAUUCGUCUCCUGACUGCACUCACAUGGAUGGUUUUCAUGUUACCACUCAUUUUACCGAAGAGGGUUAACUCGCUCCGCUAUGUUUCCGGUUUCGCAAUUAUUUUUGUCCUGUAUUUUGCACUUACAAUUGUGAUUCAUGGAGCUCAAAGCGGACUCCCGAAGUUAACGAGUGAUGAAGAAGAUGGCGUGAAGUUGUUCAACAGUGGGAACUCUGCUAUUGCGUCCGUUGGUGUAUUUAUGUUUGCAUAUGUUUGCCAGAUCAAUAUUUAUGAAGUUUACUGGGAGAUGAAGAAGCGCAGCUGUGCCAGGUUCACAUUGUACGCUGCCAUAUCCAUGGCUUUUUGCGGCACUUUUUACGGCUUUGUUGCCUUUUUCGGCUAUGGUGAGUUUGGCGGCACUGUGACCAACUCAAUUCUUCUCAUGUACAAUCCCAUCACGGAGGUCAUGAUGCUGAUAGGCUCUAUAGGUGUGGUCGUUAAGAUAUGUAUUAGUUACGCCCUUCAAACAAUGGCGAUUCGCAAUUCAAUAUAUCAUGUUCUGGGCUGGGAAUUAGAGACGCUGCCUUAUUGGAAGCACUUUUCCUUCGUGAUUCCCCUUUCCCUCACCGUGUUGCUGGCUGGCCUCUUCAUUCCUAACAUUAACACUGUGUUUGGUAUUGUGGGUGCUAUUUGUGGCGGGUUCCUGAGCGCUAUAUUCCCAUCGCUAUUCUACAUGUAUUCUGGCAAAUGGACUCGACGGAAUGUGGGCAACUUCCACUUUUUUGGAACCUACGCACUGUUCAUUCUUGGUGUAGUGGGUCUCGUGUUCGGCACAGUCACUGUUGUAACAAACACCAUCAUGUCGUUCAUUCACGGUGGUGGUGGCGCUGCUGUUAUUAAGCCCCCGCCUGUCUGCUGA